CGGCGGCGGCGCGGGGACAGCGGCCAUGGCCGGGGAGCGGCGCGGGGCCGUCCUGGAGCUGCUGCGGCGGCCGGGGAACAUGCGCUGCGCCGACUGCGGCGCCCCGGAUCCAGACUGGGCUUCCUACACCCUGGGCGUGUUCAUCUGCCUCAGCUGUUCCGGAAUCCACCGGAACAUCCCCCAGGUCAGCAAGGUGAAAUCAGUCCGUCUGGACGCCUGGGAGGAGGCCCAAGUAGAGUUCAUGGCCUCCCACGGGAAUGAUGCUGCAAGAGCCACAUUCGAGUCCAAAGUGCCCUCCUUCUACUACCGGCCCACGUUUUCCGACUGCCAAGUCCUGCGAGAGCAGUGGGUCCGUGCCAAGUACGAGCGGAGGGAGUUCGUCCACCUGGAGAAGCAGGAGCCCUACUCGGCAGGGUACCGCGAGGGCUUUCUCUGGAAGCGAGGCCGGGACAACGGGCAGUUUCUAAGCCGCAAGUUCGUGCUGACGGAGCGAGAGGGGGCCCUGAAGUAUUUCAACAGGAGUGACGCCAAGGAGCCCAAGGCCAUCAUGAAGAUAGAGCAUCUAAAUGCGACCUUCCAGCCAGCCAAGAUCGGCCACCCCCACGGCCUGCAGGUCACCUAUCUGAAGGACAACAGCACCCGGAACAUCUUUGUCUACCAUGAGGAUGGGAAGGAAAUCGUGGACUGGUUCAACGCGCUCCGAGCUGCCCGCUUCCACUACCUGCAGGUGGCGUUCCCUGGGGCAAGCGAUGCAGACCUGGUGCCGAAGCUCUCCAGGAACUACCUGAAGGAAGGCUACAUGGAGAAGACAGGGCCCAAGCAAACAGAAGGCUUCCGGAAGCGCUGGUUCACCAUGGAUGACCGGAGGCUGAUGUACUUCAAAGACCCCCUGGAUGCCUUCGCCCGAGGGGAAGUCUUCAUUGGCAGCAAGGAGAGUGGCUACAAGGUGCUGGAUGGGCUCCCGCCGUCCACCCAGGGCUACCACUGGCCGCAUGGCAUCACCAUCGUCACGCCCGACCGCAAGUUCCUGUUCACCUGCGAGACGGAGUCGGACCAGCGGGAAUGGGUGGCAGCAUUUCAGAAGGUGGUGGACAGGCCCAUGCUGCCCCAGGAGUAUGCAGUGGAAGCCCAUUUCAAGCACAAACCCUAGCAAGAGGCAGUCUGGAGGCCCAAGACACUGGACUCACUCAUGACAUGGCCAAGCCGACGAGGAAGCGGCCAGACCACAGGGGCAUCCUGCGGAGGCCAGCUGUCCUGGACCCCCUGCUCCUGGGGCAGCCCCGGGCAUGGCCAGGUAGGGCCUGGGCUAUAGUCACUAGGACCGUUUUCUCUGGAACCUCAUCACAGGACCUCCGACCCCUCAUGCUGCUGCGACCACACCUAGCCCCUGGGACCCCUGCCUGAGGGCCAGGCGGCCUCCCAGCUUGGGACAGUGCCCACAGGCCCCCCUAGGUCCCUGCCACCCGCCUUGCCUGAGGGAACUUCUAGGCCCCAGAGCGGGACCCCUGUGACCAUCCCAGGGCUGCUGUGGUCAGCGAGCGGUGGGGCUCGCAUGGCCGCUGGGAUUCUGGGACCUGCCACAUGCUGACCCUGCCCCGGGCCCUCCUCUCCCCUCCCCCUCAGCUAGUAUUUAUUGGGCCAGGGUCAAGGUGGGAGGUGCACAGCCCUUUCCUGUAAGGAGCUGACCCUGCAGGCGAUGCUGGGGCAGGUUUCCAGGCAGAGCGAAUGGUGCGCACAGGUCCUGGUGCCCCAGCAGCUGGAGCUUCCAUGCUCCUGGCCCAGAGGGGUGAGCCAGGCACUACUAGGCUGCUACAGCCGCCCCCUCGCUCGCUGGGCAUCUCUACCUGCCCAGCUUGGUGCUCGCUGACCAGCGACCCCUGCCCACCGGCCCUGACCUUGCAGCCUUUGAACCCUUUGAGGAGGAUGGCCUGAGCUGCUGAGAGGCCACCAGCGGCAGGUGGCAGUGCUGCUGGCGGCCAGUAGUCCAAGGCCUCGUAUUUAUUUCCCACCCGACCUCCUGUGCCGUGUCCCACAGUCCAGGACCUCGCUGGGCUCCCCGUGUAAGAGCCGUGCAGGACAGAUCCUGGCCGUCUGCGCAGUCCGGGUGGGGCGUGUAGGUGGGGACACCCCUGCGGUGACCUGGUGGCCCAGCCCCCCCAGCCCUGCCCAGCUGAGCUGUGCCCCAGGGGAGCCCUGGACAAGUGGGAGGGUUCCUAAGGCCGGGAUCCUGCCGCCCCCGUUGCAGCCUGGA